AUGAGCAAUAAAAGAUAAAGCAAUUCAUCUCAAUAAUAGCAACAAUAAAAAAAACCUAAUUUUAAUGACUAGCCAACAGUAAUUCCUACUAAAGAUGAUGAUAAAAAGAGUAUGAAUGGUAGUUAAGUUAACGAUUCUCAUGAUGGGAAUUAAUAAUAAUAAUAACAAUCAAAAUUUGAUCUUCCUUAGAUCCCUAAAUUUUAGAGUCUACCUCUAAGAGAUUAUUUUGACAAUAAAUUAAGUGCCAUUCUAUUGGAAGGAUUGAAGGAAAUUGGAAGAUAGAGGUAAUAUUUUGAAUUAUCAAUUAUAUAGACCUGAAAAUCCAAUUAGGUUUUUGGGAGAAUAUUUACUAGAGUAGGAUAAAUAAAAGUGAAUAUUUAUUAGAACAAUG